AUGGGUCGCGUACGCACCAAGACCACCAAAAGGGCCUCCCGUGUCCUCAUCGAGAAGUACUAUCCCCGCCUCACUCUCGACUUCCACACCAACAAGCGCAUCAUCGAUGAAGUCGCUGUUGUCCCCUCGAAGCGUCUGCGCAACAAGAUUGCCGGCUUCACCACCCACUUGAUGAAGCGUAUUCAGCGUGGCCCUGUCCGCGGUAUCUCAUUCAAGCUCCAGGAGGAGGAGCGCGAGCGCAAGGAUAACUACGUCCCCGAGGUCUCGGCCCUCGACAUCACCGUCAACCCUCUGGAGAUCGACCCCGACACCAAGGAACUCCUCCACUCCCUCAACUUCGACUCCAUCCCCCACACCAUCGUUACGCCCACCCUCCCCCAGGCCGACCGGGGACCCAGGAGGGACCGCCGCAACGUUCCGGGUGCCGGCCGCUCGUAA